AUGAAGAUGAGGAAUCACACGCCAGUAACCGAGUUCCUCCUCAUGGGAAUCCCUCACACACGGGGGCUGGAACACGCGCUCUUUGUCUUCUUCCUCACCUUCUACCUGCUCACUCUUGUGGGGAACCUGCUCAUUCUCCUGGCCAUCCUCACUUCCUCCAACCUCCACACCCCCAUGUACUUCUUCCUGGGCAACCUGUCAGUGUUUGACAUCUUUUUCCCUUCCGUGAGUUCCCCCAAAAUGAUGCUCUACCUACUGGGGCAAAGCCGGACCAUCUCUUACCAGGGCUGCGCCUGCCAGCUCUUCUUUUAUCACUUCCUGGGCUGCACGGAGUGUUUCCUGUACACCGUGAUGGCCUGUGACCGCUUCGCCGCCAUCUGUCACCCCUUGCGGUACACGGUCAUCAUGAGCCCCGGGGUGUGCGCCAUCUUGACUCUGAGCACCUGGGUGGGGAGCAGUGUGCAUGCGUCUGUCCUCACAUUUCUUGUGUUUACGUUACCCUACUGUGGCCCCACGGAGGUGGGCAAUUUCUUCUGUGACAUCCCGGUGGUGCUGCCCCUGGCCUGUGCAGACACCUCUCUAGCUCACAGGGUGAGUGUCACCAACGUAGGUGUUGUGGCACUCCUGUGUUUCCUUCUUGUCCUCACUUCUUACAUUCGCAUCUUUAUCUCUAUAUUGAGAAUCAGCUCCUCAGAAGGCAGGCACAGAGCCUUCUCCACCUGCAGUGCCCACCUGACUUCCGUCCUGCUCUUCUAUGGACCCGUGAUCCUUAUUUAUCUCCGGCCUGCCUCCAGCCCUUGGCUGGAUUCUGUGGUUCCGUUGUUCAAUAAUAUUGUUAACCCUUCCCUGAAUCCUUUGAUAUACAGCUUGAGAAACAAGGAUGUGAAGUUGGCUCUGAGAAAAGCACUAAUCCAAGGAGUACAUCCUUGUGUAACAUAA